AAAGAAAAACACGCUUUCUAGCAGACGUAGGAUUGACCAAAAUCUCAAACGCUUGCUAAUCCAAAGCUGAUUAGGAAACGUCUGCUUAUCCAAAACAUGCUAGGAUUCUGCCAAAAAUUGGAUUUGGCUAUAUAUAUACAAGUUAUACUUGACCCAAUUGCUAAAUAAUCAUCAUCAUUAUUGCUUACUAAAGAAGAAGUCCGAAAGGAUUCUGAAGAAAGUCCUUGAUCAAUAAUUCGGGAGCAGCAAGAAGUUCUUGAUCAAUAAUUCACGAGCAGCAAGAAGUCCUUGAUCAACAAUUCAGCAGCAGCAAGAAGAAGAAAAGUAAGAAAGUAAUCCUACAGAAGUAAUAGUUUCAAUUAUGCAAUCUCUUGGAACUAUGCAUCGUCAGCCAGUUAUUUUUUCCAACCAAACAAUCGAUGACCCUCUCCACUUCAACCAUCUGAUGAUGGUUCAAGAACGCUACAUGCAAGAAAAUCGUCCACACAACCUCCGAUCAGCUUGGGAUGAUGAUGAUGAUCAUCCAGAAUACUACUCAAUUCCUCAGGAGGAUUCCGAAUAUGGGCGAGAAAACAUUCCACCCUCCACAGAGGAUGAGAUUCAGAGGGAAAACUUUCUAGCCUUGGAUAACCAUGUUGAAGAAGAAGAAUCUGACGAUGAUGAGCCACAGCCGCUAUCGGUUCUCUUUAUGAUCUUGCCUGUUGGGGAUGAGGAAGAGCUGGAUAAUUUGGAUGUAGAGUUCAUCAGGAUUUCGGAGAUGUCUUUCCUGGAAGCAUCGGAAAGAUCGGAUCAACAUAGCAAUUUGAAAGAAGAAACCAUCUUGGAGCAUCUCAGAACAAGAAAAUAUCGAAAGACAACUGAUCACGGUGCUGAUGAAGAGGGUGAAAUCUGCGUUGUAUGCCAAGGGGAAUUUGAAGAUGGGGAGACAAUAGCAGAGCUUGAAUGCGGACAUGAAUACCAUUCUGAUUGCAUCAAAAACUGGUUGCAGCGGAGGAACUUUUGUCCAAUGUGCAAGCGCACAGCAAUUGAACAAAAAAGCUGCUAAGUAGUCUGUAGUUUGUAGGACGAUUUGGGGUCUUCUUACAGAAAAUUUAUUCAGUAUUGUAAUUCUAAUUUCUUUGUACAAGCAUUAGGAAUUGCUUGUAAAACCGAUUACCUUUGGUGGUGAUAAAAUUUGAAUGUUUUGGCUAGUUAGACGGGGAAUUAGAAGGAUCCUAAAUUUACAAUUCUAAUUUGUAAUACAAACUUGAAUUACUGAUUGAAAUUUCUUC